CAAACUUCACCCUUGAAGCUACUUUACCUAUUAAACACAGAGAUAAAGGCGUUUACUAAGAGCUGCUCUGAAGCAAGAAAUCCUGCCGGUUUGAGGUCAAACCACAGCCUCAAUUCCAGGCCGCAAGAAACAAUGUAAUUUAAGCGGCCUAUAAUCGAGGACAGUAGAUAACCUCCAAUUAGAUGCGACCCUCUAAAUAUGCGACACCAGGACUUCAACAUAAUUUUUCAACCUCCAGAAGAAACAACCUCUGGCUUCGUAAUUAUUUAAAAGUGUCGCAAAUAAGUACGGUGUUACGUCAAAAGUUGGUAAUUCUCAAGCUCGCUGUUAAUCUUCUUCCAACUGUUUUCUACGUCAGCUACAAGUAAAAAUCAACCCUGUGUAGUCGGAAGUACACUUUCUUGUUGGCUCUGUGUAACUGUUAAUGGAUCCGUGUUGUUGUACUUCAUCAAGCUUGCCCUGUGUGGUCGAUCCUCCCAGUAGUUUUGUCUGUAUGUUUAGUGACGUUUCAUCUGCGUUGACCCCUGCUACCCUCAUUGGCUCCUCAAGAUACUGUGGUGUACUACACUCCAGUGGUUUUUCGAACUUUCCCUGUCAAGGAAACUCUGUGUGUUAAUUAUUCACUCACAUUUUAUCCCAGUCGCUACUCAUCAUUGCAGUAACAUUCAUUUGAAAAACACAUACCCCACCAUGAAGUUACUUGAGAAUGCCAAGUUGGACAGUAUCAGCAGUGCUCUAUGCAUGAACACCGGGGAUUGUACCAUCAAUGGAAGAGUUGAGAGCUAUUCGUGUAAGAUGGCUGGUAGUGACAAGAAGCUCUACAAGCAGCUCAGUCACCCUAACUCGGGCGAGAGUCCUACCAACAGACAAGCUCUCUCUCCCUGCACCACAUUUGUUGGCUCACCCUGUAGUCCAAUGUCUCCUACUGGCGUACCAACUUAUCUUAUUAGACAGCCGAGUGGCAGCAGUACCAAUGGUCUCACUGACACACCACAGCUCUGCGAUACAGCCAGCAACAAGAUACUGUUUUACCUGCGCUCUACUCUCACAGCAUCUUUCCAGCCUGACUAUGUGUUCACUGAUGCUAAAAGUGAUGAGUUCAGUCGAGUUCCCAGUGUGAAAUGGGUGAUGGACGCUGUACGCUCCAAUCUCUCAGCCAUUGCUGGAGACAUGUUCACCACACUUGAGAAUGCUCUCUGGGCGGCUAUAGACGAGGAAAUCACCCUGUCUGAUUGUGACAUAUACAGCUACAAUUCAGACUUUUCUGACUCCUAUGGUGAAGAAGGUGCCCUGUGGUCAUUCAACUACUUCUUCUACAACAAGAAGUUGAAGAGGAUUGUGUUUUUCACCUGCCAGGCACUAAGCCCAACAGUGGAGAGGGGUGAUAACGAUGUGGAGGAUAUAGAUGAUUUAACAGAUCUAAUGGAGUUGGAUCAGACCAAUGAUUCUGCAUAUGACAGCUUCAGCACUGGUGUACUUGGUGAUCCAGGAUGGCAGCUUCCAGCAGAGAUGAAAACAAACUAAAAGUUCUUGUUUUACACACUUUAUUGUUUCAGUACGCCAAUACCCCAUAUCUAUGUUCAUUUCAGUCAGUUUCUUACGGAUUUUUUUGUCUUAAUACCCUCAUUUUCCUUGAUGUUUAUACGUAUUAAUUCACAGUGACUUUGUACCUCUGCAAAAGAUGUUAUCAUUGCUAUUCACCCCUUA